CAACCUUCCGGGUGCGGGCGGGGCAUGUUACGUCACGUCGUUUAAUCCGGAAACGGCGGCGGAGGCGACAGGAUCGAGGGGCCUUGGUAGGUGGGCAAGUCGGGGAACCCAGAAAGAAGCGUGACCCGGAAGCGGAAGCGGGUGCCCGUCCCAGCUCCGUUCUGCCAGUGAGCUUCUACCACCAUGGACCUGUUGUUCGGGCGCCGGAAGACGCCGGAGGAGCUACUGCGGCAGAACCAGAGGGCCCUGAACCGUGCCAUGCGGGAGCUGGACCGCGAGCGACAGAAACUAGAGACCCAGGAGAAGAAAAUCAUUGCAGACAUUAAGAAGAUGGCCAAGCAAGGCCAGAUGGAUGCCGUUCGCAUCAUGGCAAAAGACUUGGUGCGCACCCGGCGCUAUGUGCGCAAGUUUGUAUUGAUGCGGGCCAACAUCCAGGCUGUGUCCCUCAAGAUUCAGACACUCAAGUCCAACAACUCGAUGGCACAAGCCAUGAAGGGUGUCACCAAGGCCAUGGGCACCAUGAACAGACAGCUGAAGUUGCCCCAGAUCCAGAAGAUCAUGAUGGAGUUUGAACGGCAGGCAGAGAUCAUGGAUAUGAAGGAGGAGAUGAUGAAUGAUGCUAUUGAUGAUGCCAUGGGUGAUGAGGAAGACGAAGAGGAGAGUGAUGCUGUUGUGUCCCAGGUCCUGGAUGAGCUGGGACUUAGCCUAACAGAUGAGCUGUCAAGUGAGUGCUCCAAAACCUGGGCCCCAUUUCCCACCCAAGGCCCAGCCACAGCCCCAAGCCCUCCCUUUGCCUGCAUUACUCCCCUCCCCUGCUCAAACCCCCACUUUCUCUGCAGACCUCCCCUCAACUGGAGGCUCGCUCAGUGUGGCUGCUGGUGGGAAAAAAGCAGAGGCCGCAGCCUCAGCCCUAGCUGAUGCGGAUGCAGACCUGGAGGAACGGCUCAAGAACCUGCGGAGGGACUGAGUGCCCCCUGCCACUCCAAGAUAACCAGUGGAUGCCCAGGAUCUUUUACCCUAACCCCUCUGUAAUAAAAGAGAUUGGACACUA